UUUCAAUCAUUGGCGUAUGACUCAUUCUCAUCCCAUUAUUUUGAAGCUCAAUUCCCCAUUUCCAUUUUUUCUUUUUGGUAUUUAUUUUUUUUAAAAAACGUUUUUUGGCAACUAUUUCUGAAAAUAUUCGCAGAGCGCCAUAUAAUUUUCCACUCAAGAGGCAUAUUCGAGUUGGUAUAUAGAAUUAUACCCUUUUGGACCAUUAAAAUACAAGGCGUGGUAAGCGACAUGAUGCAAGCUCCGGUGGUCCAUGGGUUUCUAAGUGGAUGGUGGAUUCGGAUGCUGUAGGGCUUGGGCACUUGUCCAUUUGUGGGUAAUCACCCAUUAAUGCCACCUUCAUACUGUUUCCUUAGGACACAUUUCAAUUUGUCAUCGCUAACCCAUUGAUACCGAACUCGCUUUACUCAUUACACACUUCAUUUUUCAUCUAUAAAAAAGGCUGACAACCUCUUCACGCACGGUAAUCAGAGCCUUUUCCUUUCUCCCAUUUCCCCUCUCCCCCUCUCCCUCACCCUAUCCAUCCAACCCAGAUCCACCCAUAGCUCUUCUCUUGAGCAAAGCCAUGGCUUUCUAUCUUGUGUUCACAGCCCUUGUUGGGCUCUGCUCGGUUUCUUCAGUAGCAGAGCUUCUGCGGUUGGAACAGCAGGCUAAAGCUGACGGGUCCCUCAGCUUUCUGGUGGUGGGUGACUGGGGAAGAAGAGGAUCUUUCAACCAAUCUCGAGUUGCACUUCAGAUGGGAAGGGUUGGAGAGGAGUUGGACAUAGAUUUUGUAGUAUCGACUGGAGAUAAUUUCUACGACAAUGGAUUGUCGGGCAUCCACGACACAGCAUUCGAGAAGUCGUUCAGCAAAGUGUACACUGCCCCAAGCUUGCAAAAGCAAUGGUACAAUGUUUUGGGUAACCAUGACUACAGAGGAAAAGUUGAGGCUCAACUGAGUCCCAUUCUUACCAAGAUGGACAGCAGAUGGCUUUGCUUGAGGUCUUUUAUUCUGAAUGCAGAAAUUGUAGAGUUUUUCUUUGUAGAUACGACACCAUUUGUGGACAAAUACUUCACAGAUCCUGAGGAUCAUGACUAUGACUGGAAGGGCGUCCUUCCCCGUCAGGCUUAUCUCUCAAACCUCCUCCAGGAUGUGGACACGGCAUUAAGAGAUUCCACAGCCAAAUGGAAGAUUGUGGUUGGCCACCAUACAAUUAGAAGUGCGGGACAUCACGGGGACACAGUGGAGCUUGUAGAUCAGCUUCUCCCAAUCCUUCAGGCAAACAGUGUGGAUCUUUACAUAAACGGACAUGACCAUUGCUUGGAACACAUCAGUUCCCCCGACAGUCCAAUUCAAUUUCUGACUAGUGGUGGCGGGUCAAAGGCAUGGAGGGGCGAUGUGCAAUGGUGGAAUCCAGAGGAACUCAAGUUCUACUACGACGGGCAAGGGUUCAUGUCAGUGCAGAUUACUGCAUCUCAAGUUGAUGUUGCAUUCUAUGAUGUUUUUGGUGAGGUUUUGCAUAAAUGGAGUACGUCCAAAGAGCUCAACCUUCCAAUGUAGAGAGUGAGAAAUAUGCAAAGAAUGGGCUGCAAGUGAGAACCUAUAUGUGCAUGUAAAAUAUUAAGCUUAGCUUAGCUAUUGUUUGAAACUCUAUUCGAGUAUAAUCCAUUGUGGAGAAGCCCAGCUAGUAUUGCUAAAUAUCUUAUAUUUCUAGAGCCAAUAAUGAAUAGUGCAGUUUUAUGCUUCAUAUUA